AUUAACUAAUUUUUAUUAUCGAUUUCAAAAUAAUGAACAAAAAGUUGUUUAAAAGAGGGAGGUUGCCUGAUAACUCUUAUGACGUCAUCUGGGUCAAUGCCUCAAUAUAAAUGCAAAUUUCCAUAAGACACCCCAGAUGCGUCAUCAAUUUAGGAACCUUGGCACGAAUACCUUUAUUUAUAUUACUUUUUAAUCUUUAGACUUUGCUUUAUUUUCAUAGUAUAAAUAAUUGCUUUUUUAUUGUUAUUAGAUUAGUCAUUUUUUAAAAAGUAACCUUUGAUACUCCCCCAUUGGCCCCAUUAUUUAAAAAAAAAAUUAGACAAUUGACAUUUCCUUCCAAAUAUGGAAAAUUCAAAUUUCAAACAAGAUUUUUCCUCAAUUAUUUAAACAAAGUUUAUACCUACAGUCGAUAAGUGAAAAAUAAUUGUUUAAAUUUUAAUUUUAAAUUAUGACACCGUGCAGGCAUUUCUUCGUUAACAUUAUUACAAAAAUACACCAGUGCAAUAAAUCUAAUAGUAAAUUAUUUAUAUUGAAAAGAAAAAUGAGUUUACUUCAUGAUGGCCUUCCACUAUCUGGAUACCAAUUUUCCCAGUUAAGUAAAAGAAACGAAAGUAGCACAUCAGGUACAGCUCAAGAUGGAAAACAAAUUAUAACUUUAAAUCAAUUAAAAAAAUCUCUAGCCUAUGAAAUGGGUGUAGAUCAUCCUUAUAAGCCGUUCUUGCACAAACGCGAGGAUCUGCAAAAAUACUUGCCGAAAACCCAAGAAGAAUUACCAAAGCGAACAAUGCAAGAUAGUAUUGUUGAAGCUAUUAUACCUUUGUCACAAGAUCUUGGGUUGCAGGAAAAGUAUACUACUUUUUUGGGUUCGGUAAGAACUGGACGGUUGGUGGAGGAUAUGGAUAUUUUUACUGUGAUUGUAGCUCGUAAGCACAUUCACAAUCCGAAGUUACCCAAGGAUGUGAAUUUUCCUCAAACUCUAGUCACAGUGUUGGUAGAUAGAAUUGAAUUUAGCGAAUACAUGCCGAAGCCCAAUAAAGACAUAAAGAUAUCCGGUCACGUGACCUGGGUCAGCAAAUCCACUAUAGAAGUAGUAGUUUGGCUGGACCAGUUCGAAGACAACCAUUGGCAGCGCAUCACCAGAGCUUUGUUUAUGCUAGCGGCCAGAGACCCUUCAAAUACUUACUCCACACCUGUUAAUGCCAUCGAGCCGGCCAACGAAGAGGAAAAACAAAUUCUAAUUAGAGGUGACGCCCGAAAAGUGAGACGUUUGGCAUUGGAUUCUAGUCACAUUUCGAAAAAAGUGCCUAGCGCUGAAGAGCAACAAUUAUUGCACAGUAUUUAUGUUAAAACAUCAGAUCCAAAUGAUGUUAGCAUGUCCAAACGGAUUUUGCCUCCUCAAAGCGUUUGGAUGAGCAGUACCAAAAUCUCCAACGCGAUUUUAGCUCAGCCAGAAGACCGUAACUUACACAAUACGGUAUUCGGUGGGUUUAUAAUGCGUCACGCCACUGAACUCAGCUGGAUAGCUGGGUAUAUGUUUUGUAGGUACCGGCCGCGCACGCGCAGUAUGGGCGAUAUUUCCUUCAAGCAUCCCAUUCCGAUUAAUUCCUUGAUCCAAAUGCACGCCACUGUUGUGUAUACCAAAAACAAUUUUAUUCAAACUUUGGUGUUUGCGCAAGUUUAUAAUCCUUUGUCGGGGUUGACGCAAACUACUAAUGCUUUUCAUUUUACUUUGGAGGCUCCCGAUGUGGUACCGCAAGUUUUGCCGCAAACUUACUACGAAGCGAUGUUGUAUAUUGAUGGGAAAAGGCAUUUUCAGAAUUUGAAAGAAACGCAAGGUGGAUUUUUUAAGAGUAAAUUAUAAUGGUUGUGAUGCUUUUUAAAUUGUUUUUAGGGUUUCAGUAAUUUGGCAGUGGCUACUUAAAGGGUUCGCUUUUCUAGUCAGAUAAAGGUAUUUUGUAAGUUGAUUUUAAUUUUAAUAAAAAAUGAUUUAUGGUUGAGUU